AUGGGUGGCAAGUCGACUAUCAUCCGCCAGGUCGGUGUCAACGUGCUCAUGGCCCAGGUCGGCUGCUUCGUGCCCUGCGACUCUGCGAACUUCAGCGUGCAGCGACUGCAUCUUUGUGCGCGUCGGCGGAGACUGUCAGGUCUUGCGUGGGCAAUUUGCGUGUAUCUGACCGAAGUCACACGCGCGCCCACUUUGUUCGCGGCCCACUUCCACGAGCUGACCCCCCUCGCCAGCACCGCCCCGGUGCACGGGCCUCCGAGGGGUCCCCCGGUCGGGGAUAGGCCAACUGUUACGUCGGUGUCAAACGGAAACGAGUGUCGGGGCCAGAUGUCCGCACGAAGAUCCGCCCGCGUGCGCAGCUUCCUGCGGCACUUCGCCGUUCUGCCAAACGACAAAAGGAGCCCCGAUGAGGCAGCGAAACCCGCAGAGGACCUCAAAAAGUCGUUGGAGCAGGACGCGGCAGCCAACCCAGGGCUUCAAGAAGGCUUCAAGAGGGCUACAACAGAUCCUGUGGCUUGCAAAUGA